AUGACCUCGGUUCGUGGACAACCUGUAUUCCCCAAGGGCAGUACUCUCAUGGACAGAAAUACAUCUGUAAGAGCGACCCGUAUCCUGCGGACAACUCCCCUCCCCCUCUUCUUCCCCCUCGCUCCCUCUAGCUCUGACGACGUUCCCAACCAGUGCGAUCGAGUUUUCACCACGACAACCGCCGGCGUUGAAGCUGCCAUGAUGACCGCAAGAACCACGACCGACUGCGCAAUGCUGCUAAUGCCCGGCGGCGCCUCAACUCAUACUACAAUGCCGUCACGGUUGCAGCCGCACCUGUUCCCGGCAGUGGUCUUUCAACAGGCCCCCCUGUCAGAUAUCCAUGCCGUUCCUGGGACUGUCUCCUACGCCUUUGACCACCAAUCCCACCCCAUACACCACAGCGAAGCCGACAUAAGAGCCCUCUAUUUCCCAAACCAAGACCAUCAUUACACCCUCUCAUAUCCCGGCCAAAACAUCCCACCACCACCACCGCCGCCAUCAUUCAGCCCCAACGCCGAUCCCUUCCCCCACGGCCUGUCAAACACAAACAGCUCAUACUACCAUCUCCCCCAGGAAGGAUGGUUAGCAGCAGCAACCGCAACAGCGACACCAUCAGAACCAUCCCCCAGCAUAAAUUCAACAACCGGAACAACCGCACCAACCACAGCCACAACCACAACCACAACCUCAGCAAUCACCAAAACAACCACCACACCCGACUACCACCAGCUCACACCAUCAACCCACCCAUCCUUCUACCAACAGCAACAACCACAACCACAACCACAACAACUAACCCCCAUAACAACCGCCUCGCUCCCCUCCUCAACCACAGACCUAGACCUCGACCUCGACCUCGACCUCGAUCUCGAAUUCGACCUAGACAUCGACCCAGACCCCGACGACCUCCCCCCCCAUCCCUCCCUCUCCGACCCCUCCUCCAUCCGCACCCAAUCGCAUCCGCAACCCCAAUCGCAAUCGCGCAACCUAACCAACUACGGCCUCCCAAACCCCGACGGCACCUGGCGCUGCGCCUUCCAGGGCUGCUCCUCGCACGCCGUGUUCCGUCGCGGCUGCGACCUCCGAAAACACUUCAACCGGCACCGCAAGCACCUCUUCUGUCGCUAUGAGGGCUGUCCGCAGGCCCGUCGCGGCGGCUUCUCCAGCAAAAAGGAUCGGGAUCGUCAUGAGGCGAAACAUAACCCUGAGAUUCCGUGCGAGUGGGACGGUUGUCGACGGGUGUUUAGUCGCGUGGAUAAUAUGAAAGAUCAUGUGAGGAGGAUUCAUAGAAGGAGGGAUUAG